AUGCCUAGAGUUGAUCCAUUGAUAGUUGGUCGUGUGAUAGGUGAUGUUUUAGAUCCAUUCACUAGGUCUGUUGAUCUUAGAGUUGUUUAUAAUAAUAAAGAUGUGAACAAUGCAUGUGUGUUGAAACCUUCACAAGUUGUUAUGCAACCUAGGGUUCAUAUUGGAGGGGACGAUCUUCGCAACUUUUACACUCUGAUUAUGGUGGAUCCUGAUGCUCCAAGCCCAAGCGACCCUAACUUGAGGGAGUAUCUACAUUGGCUGGUCACAGAUAUCCCAGCAACUACAAAUACAAGCUUUGGAAAUGAAGUCGUAUGCUACGAGAAUCCAACACCUACGAUGGGAAUUCAUCGAUUCGUUUUGGUUUUAUUUCGACAAUCAAGACGUGAAACAGUGUAUGCCCCAGGUUGGCGUCAAAAUUUCAACACAAGAGACUUUGCUGAGCUUUACAAUCUUGGAUUGCCUGUUGCAGCUGUUUACUUCAAUUCCCAUAGGGAGAGUGGCACUGGAGGACGUCGCGCAUAA